AUGAGCGUCCAACUUCCCCCACCCACACACCGCAAGCGCGCGCUGCCGCAAGGCGAGCUGGAAGCUGCCUCUACACUCAAGCUGGGCGCUGACCAACAUACGCACACACUCUCACUUUCCGAAGCACGAUUGGUUAUUCACAAAGUGUUGGAGAACAAGCGACGCGGUGGUAACAAAUACGAAGAGCCGGAAAACCUGACCAAGACGUUGGAUUACUUGGAUGUCUUUGCCCGAUUCAAGGACGAGGAGAACAUCAAGGCCGUGGAACGACUCUUGAACUCUCACACGGAGCUCGAGAUGUUUGAGCGGUCGCAGUUGGGUAGUCUGUGUUGCGACAAUGCCGAGGAAGCCAAGUCUCUCAUCCCGAGUCUUCAAAACAAGAUUUCCGACGGAGACUUGCAAGAGUUGCUGGAUGAGCUGACCAAGCUGCGCAAUUUCACCGAGUAA